GAUCGAUUUUCCAUAAUCAAAUCUUUUUGGACUCACCGCACGAUUCUGCCAUCUACUCGAACCUUGAGUGACGACAUUGUCAAUCCGACAAGAUGGGCCGCAAGCCCAAUCCUAUAAUCCUCGAAUUCUUCGAGCGCGGCGCCAAAUUGAAUGACAACAGUAAUCGGUAUCAUCAUACCUGUAAAGCUUGCGGCGAGGAUUUCCCUAAAGGUCGCAUUGACAGCCUUACGAACCAUCUAACGAAAAAAUGCCCGGCAAUCCCUGAAGCCGACAGAGCUCACGCAUGUCUUACCCUACACGGUAUCAGCAAUAGCUCAAACAGACCAAGAUUUGAAGGUCUUUUGCACACCGGUCCUAACCAUGGCCCCUUUCCCGGCCAUCUCCACGGCUCUUCACCUGUGACCUCUCUCGAGCAAUCUCAGAAUCAGAUCUGGACACCCCUAGAAACGCUUGCUGAAGUCUCUCGUCAGAUCGAGGCCAAUGAGAAACAUGACGAUCAUGUGCCGACUCCGCAAGAUCCUACAGCUGAAGCUGUUCAAACAACAUUGGCUGCUGCUGUUGUGCCUAUCGCAGCUACUGCCAAUUCUUUCGAGCCCCAUGAGCAGUUCACAUUGGAGAACCCGCCGACCAACCUGGACAACCAUUCACACCGAGAUAUUAAGGAUAUAGGUGUGUCGCAUAAGCCCAUGACCGCAGAGGAGAGACUGAGACUAGCAUUCGAAGCGAGAGCUCUGUCACCUACUCAUUCCGCGUUGUCGGUAGCCGUAGCAGCAACUGCUCGUCUCAAUCCGUCUUUGUUAGACCCACAGCUCCUGACCGACGAAACCAUUCCCGGAACACCUACCCACACCCAGUCUACUGAGAUGCUGAUUGACUACCCCCCUUCGCCUGAGAGACAGCACGCACCGCCGAACACGAAUGAAUCUGCCACUCCUUGGGACGGCAUGACGUAUAUGUCUGAGGAUAUUCACGCUCCUGCAACAGUCAAUGAUCACGGUCAACACUUGGCAGUACCUCUAAAUAGGGGUGGCUGUCGCAUGGAUACAAGCGAUAGUCCCAAUGGAGCCCGUCAACGUCAUAGCCGGGCGCGGUUCGACUCUGGUCGACGGAAGGAGGUUCAGGAGAUUCGACGCAUUGGAGCAUGCAUUCGCUGUCGCAUUCUACGCAAGACGUGCUCUAAGGGUACACCGUGUAUUGCCUGUAAGAAAGUGCUUGCACCUCGAAUUUGGCGCACCGGAUGCGUUCGAACAAAGCUCUCAGAGUACAUCAACCUGUACUCGGCAGGAGUACAGGUCGUGAUGACCCAAAAAAGAAUCAACGGCUACAAGUCUAGCCACAGUUUGCAAAACGCAGGCAUAACUCUGGAAGUGUCACACUUCCCAGAGACUGGUCACAAGGCCAUCUUCCAAGUUUUACGGGGAACUCCCAAGGAGAAGGACAACGGAUUUCCCUGCAACGGUAGCCCUGGCCCGGUGAUAUUGCUCGACAACAACGAAGAUAUUCCGGGAAAGGUUGAGACCUAUAUGCGUGAAACUCUUAAUGAGUUCAUCCGCCGUGAGCCGUCUCAUUAUGUACGAGUCACCUUGGAUGUGGCUAUCAUGGUCGCAAGCAGUACUAAUGACGAACUGCUCAAGCGAUCUCUAGAACUAUGGGGGAUUGUUGAGAUGAUGGACCGAGAGCGGCAAUGGACAAUGUUGGCAAAGUCUUCUGACGAGAAUGUCAAGGACUAUUUGAUCAAGGACGAUUCUGAUUGCGAAGCUUAUACCAAUAUUUGCAUGCAGCUCACUGCGGCUGCUGAGCGAAAGGCAUCCGCCGCUAGCAAAGUCCUACUGAAUGGUAUCCAGAAGCAUUUGCAGGACGGUAAGGCUAGACUUGGCUUUCCCAUGUUCCUGACUGUCAUGCUCUUCCUCAACUGCAUGGAGAAGACUACCUGGGCGUUUAAGGCGUGGGAUGAGGAGAACCUUCGUCCUAAGUGGCCGUUGGAGAAGCCACCCAGCAGCUUCACGAACCAGGGACAGGAGUUGACUGAGCUGCUUAGAAUGCUGCUAGUCAUCCGACAUAUUCUUCCGAAGACCAUGGCCAUGAGCCCUGAGUCGCCCAUUGUAGCCAAUGAGGACGACCCAACCGUACAGAACUACUUCCACAAUCUCAAUGUCACCACUGCUUACUUGGAAGCGCGUCGCGAUCAGAACAACUUCCAGCCGACAGAUUCACGAUCUCUCGAGUUCUUAUUCUGUGCGCCUCUCCUGCUCAACAAGAGCCUCUCCUAGUCCUACGUACUACUCUCUGUUAUAGGACACAUUGCAUUUC